AUGGCCAAUCUUCCCAAGCUUCCAUCGCCUCAUUCCCAGCUACCCAAGUACAUAUCUGAUCACAAAGAAAAACCCAUCACUGAAAUACUUGACCCCUAUCGCAAGUAUGAAGCCGAAUUACGAUCCGUCUACGCCCAGGACCGCCAGAAUCCUAUUCUCGAUGACCCGUACCUCAAUGUGGUCCCUCUUUUCACAGAAGACACCAAGUUCAUCACCACUCGUGCCAGAGACCUUGAGACUGAGUCUGAAGAAGAGAAGUCAAAGUACAUCAUGGCUCUCCCUGAUGACAAACGACGUCCUCAUGACUCUCCCGCUACUGUCGCCAACCUGGUCGAGUUCCAAAAGAACUUCAACAUCUUUUCAGAGUCGUCGUUGUCUGACCUGGACUGGUCAAAUGUCGUAGCUGCUGGCUCUUCAGUCGUCAACUGCCUUCUCCCUGUUCCUAAGGGGUUCGACACUACCAAGCGUAAGCUUCGCGAGUAUUACCACGAGAAGUUCUGUCCCGCUUCUGAUGUUGACCUCUUUCUUUAUGGCCUCAACCAUGACCAAGCCAUCGAGAAGAUCAAACAGAUUGAACGGGCCGUCAAGGAUGCCCUGCUCAACGAAGUCACUGUGACACAUCCAGUCAGCGAAAUCCUCACUGGGUUUGAUAUCGAUGCCGCCGGCGCAGCCUAUGAUGGAACACAGGUUUUCGUUACCCCUCGAGCUCUCGGUAGCUUCAUCACUCAGAUCAACCAUAUUGACCUCACUCGUCGUUCACCAAGUUACGAAAACAGGUUGUCUAAGUAUGCCAAGCGCAAUUUCGAGAUCUACUACGGAGAUUUCCAGAAGCAAAAGGUCGACCCAACCAUAUACGAACGCAGCUUCCGAAGAACUCUAGGUCUCGCACGUCUACUUGUUCUCGAAAGACUUCCUACCACCACAGCUAGAGAGACUUACCUCGACAAGAGACGCGAGGAGCGAGGCCGUCCUCGAGUCUACAGGACACGUCAAGUUCUUCAUGGCAACAUCAAAGACUACCAUGAGGAUGAAGUUGCUGACUGGUUGUCUGAUGAGGAUGUCAGUAACUACCAUACUUUCACUGUUCCCUACGGACAGCACUUCAACGCUAAGCGGAUCGAGAAACUCUGUUACACGAGAGAUCUUCUUCUUAAUGCAGAGUGGAAUCAGCCUGACGAGCGGGAAGUGUACUUGCAUCGCCACCCUGCAUUCUUUGGACGUGUUCAAGAUGUUAUCGAAGAUUGUUGUGGCUGUUGUCCUGAGCCUGUCACUGAUGAGGAAAAGGAAAUCGCCGAGAAGGAGGCUGAGAUUUACAUCAAAGGCAAGGUAUCCUUCCUUAUUGAUGACCCUGGUCGACAACAAAUUGGUUCUUUCAAUCCUUUGACCGAGAAUGAUUGGACAGACAUGGCAUACGUUGGCAAUGUCACCCGACUUUGUCAGUCGAUCGUCGAUGGUGAUGCCGAAGACGUGUCGAACUGGCUCAGUCAGGAAGGGUCGGACCCAAACAAGAGAGACUACACAGGCAGAUCACCACUCCACCUUGCCGUCAUGACAUCCACUCCUGAGGUCGUCAAGUGCCUCGUGGACCACGGUGCUCGUCUCACUGCUCGUCUAGCGGACGGUAGGAAUGCUCUCCACUUGGCUGCUUCACGAGGAGACUCGUCAAUCAUCAAGAUCCUCAUGGAGAAAUCAAUCGAGAAUGAAGAAGCUGAAGAGGAGCGCCAGGACAAGAAGCGUAAGGCAGCGAAGAAGGCUGGGUCUGCCGCCGGAGACGGUGACUCGGAGGGCGACGAAGAGUCUGAUGGUGAGAUUGUUGACGGCGAAGCAACAGACGUGGAUUCUGCUUCUAUGACUACGGGGUCUUUUGUCAAAGUCAAGCAAGAUGAAGGCGAUAGUGCUGACGCUGAUGAUCUGGUUCCCGAAGAAUCGCAAGAUGAACCUGAUUUCUUCAACAUUGACGCUUUGGCGUGGGAUCUCCAAUGUUCCCCUCUGCAUCUUGCCAUCGCAGAAGGCAAUGAGGAUGCUGUCAAAACACUUUGCGAUUAUGGGUCAGACUCGAUCAUGCCUGUUAAGUCUCUCAGGGACAGCGACGCCCGAGCAAUUCUAACAUUGGUACUGGCCUUGUCGCUCCCCAACGACAAGGCCAAGUCAAUGGCUGAUCUUCUUCUGAAACUGGGCGCCACGUCUGCUCAGGCGGACGCCAGGGGGUGCAGUGCAUUCCACCGCUACGUCGAGGCUGGAGAAGAAGAACUCAUCGACACACUCCUGGAUACCGACAAAACAGGUAUCAAGGUCGCUAUCAACCAUAUGGUCUGCGGUGGAAGCUACUGGAACUCAGAAUGCACCGCACCUAUCAAUACCGCUAUCGAGAACGGCAAUGUCGCUUUGGUACUGAAGCUCCUCACUACUGGCGCGAAAGCGGAUAUCGAUUUCGAUACUUGGCUCAAGUCUGCAAAGGUUUCCAGUUUAAGUAGCAACUUGGGAGACCUGGAGAAAAAUCAGAAAAUGUACAAGGAGAGCGUGGAGCAGCCAUUAAUCACCGCUAUCCGAUCGGGCAACACGGAUAUCGCCAUCAAGCUACUCGAAAACGGCGCUGAUCCCAACUCGCUCGACACCAAAACUCAGCAGUUGAUCUUCAAUGAAUACCAAAGAAGCUGGAAUAAAGGACAAUCAGCUCUUGACAUGGUUCGGUCAUCAUUGAAGGGCCUUCGAGGUUAUACUUAUGAGAAGACUACGCCAGUGAAACCAAGGGAGACACCCGGCUUGGAUGAGUUUCUGCAAGGUCUCACUGAAGGAACCUAUGCUCAUACUAUCGUUUCAUCCGAUGUUGAAAGCCACAAAUACAAUUACAUCCACGCGAAAGAGCGAUACGAGAAGGACAUCAAGAAGAUGAAGGAGCCCAAGGGGGUGCCCGAGAAGAAUGAGACUAUCAAGGAGCUCCUCGCAGGCUUCGAAGUUGUCGAAAACACUUUGCUCAGCAAGGGUGCCAAGCCAUUCGCGGAACUGUAUCCUGACAUCAAGACGUACGGGGGGGAUGACAGGUCGAGCCGAAACAGUCGCAAGUCUGAGGAUGAGGCCCCGAAACCCUACGAAUUCCGUUUCUCCUUCAACAACGACCGCGACAUGACUGAAAAGAGAAGGGAUGGUUAUAUCGAACUGAUGGAAGCUGCCUGGGCUGGAGAUGUAGAGAAGGUCAAGAAACUCUCACUCCAAGCAUGGGGCCCGGAACAGGACCAAGCGCCAUUGAAGAUUGCUGUUUCUGACAACUAUGGAAACACUCCCUUUUCUAUUGCUGUCCUUCGUGGACACCACGAACUGGCCAAAGCCUUACUCGAGAUUGUGAAGGCACAAUGGUCUCCGCCCAAGAAGGAUAAGGUCCGAUUCCGAAUGGACACUGGCGGUGAUGAAGACGAAGAAUACAGCGAGGAUUCUGACGAGUCUGAUGACUCUCAAGACGGCGAGCCGCGAAUUGUGUCCGAAAAGGUGCAGCAGCAGUUCACCAUUGACGAUAUCGGGCAUGUUGACUUGAAUGUUGAGUCCCACACCAAGCCUCUGGAAGUCAUAUGCCAAUCGGUUCCAACGCAGUGGUCGAUCCCAAAUGAAAAACGCUUCUAUCACUGGAUUAAUGAGAGCUUGUUCAACCAUAUGUUGGCCAUUGAUGAUACAAAUGGGCUCAAGUUCCUCUUGGACAUGGCACAGCAGUACUCGAGUCAGAAGUUCGAAGGAGACAACGAAGGAGAGGAUGAAGACUCUUCCACAGGCUUUGUGUUUCCACGAAGUGGUUUCAGCUAUUGUGUGGAGUCCGGCAAGACAAAACUGCUCGCCCUGAUUAUCAAGCGAACAGGUGCAGGCAUUCCACUCAAUCAUCUUGUCAAGAAGAGCGGCGUGGAGCUGAAGCGAAAGCCACGCUUUUAUCAGGGACUGACUGUGUACGGAAGAAAGAGGAAGGAUUGGGCGACCGCUGGACGUGGUAUGGUAGUCAGGAGCAGUGGCCCAAUGACGCCACCUCUUCUCGACGCUGCUCUUGCGGGCAACCUAGACAGUGUCGAGUUUUUCCUCGGAGAUACCCCACACAGGUUGUACAGCGAAUUCUCUAAAUCAAAAGCUUCUAGGGAUGACAUUCGAUUCAAGCACUUGAAGGAAAGUCCUGGCGGGUUUGACCGUGCAAUCUCAAAAUGGCUCGGGGCGGAUAAUGAUCUCGUGAUCCAUUGCGCAGUCCUCGCGCAUCCGGGUGAGAGUGCCAACGAGGUACUCGAGUUCCUCGUUGAAACUUUCCCUGCUGCAGUUGAGAAGAAGAAUACUGAAGGUGACACUCCUCUUAUGGUAGCCUGCCGCCUUGGCCGAAUCGAUGCUGUCAAAAUUUUGUUAUCUGCCAACGCAGACCAAUCUACCCGCAACCAGAAGGGUGAGAACAUUCUGCAUGCAGCGCUUGCCUGCCUUCCCAAGGAUCACCAGCUCCGCGAACUCCUGGAUCUUCUUGACCCCGAUCUGCGAAGCCAUCUUUUCCUUCAAAAGAAGAACCUGUCCGAGAACGGAACCACGCCUUUCCAUACAUGGGUUUCUCAAGCUUCGGGAGUACAGCCUGACAACAUCAACUACUACCACAGGCGUUACAAGCCCUAUGAUGGCAAGGAGAAGGAGAUGAUUCAGAUGCUAAAUCUUCUUCUCGAAUACUCCAAAGGUGAUGAGCUGGAGAUGCUUAACGGAGCCGGAGAUACGUGUCUUCAUACUGCAAUCAUGAUGAACAUGAUCGCUCUUGUUCAAGCCUUGAUUCGAUACAGGCCAAGUCUGGUGUACAGAGAAAACGCCGUCGGUCGAACGCCCGCUGAGCUAGCUCAUGAUCGUCUUACGAGCCAAAAGUUUGAGAUGCUCAAUAAUGUCGAGCGAGGCCGGAAUGAUACAGUCGGAGACACUCUAAGAAGAAGACCUGAGGAAUUUGCCUCUAAGACUGACAUUCAGACCCAGGCACCGGGGCAAAGGAAGGAGUUCCUUGAAACACUUGGACUUAGCGACACUUACAAGACGGAAGAUGUCUCUUUGAUCCAGGCCGAGAUGGGCGUCAAGAAGCAGCACUCAAACCAAUCUCUCGAUAUCAAGACGAUUCGUAGAGUUUUGUGGGAUUUCUGUCACACAGCGAUGCAGAAAUACCCUGGCAACCGCCGAUUGGUGACUUUGAAUGAGGCCAACGAUGUCGCCAAAAGACUGGGCGAGAAGUACUCAGCAUCGAGAUAUUUCAGCGUCCAGGCUCGAGUUGAGGAUGGGGAGGAUGAUUCCGAAGAGAAAGAGAACAACACAACCGUCGACUAUGCAGUCAAGGUGAUGAAUUCUCGUUUGUCACGGGCUUGGCACAUCGAGGAGGAGGAGAAGGAGGAGGAGGAGGUCGCAGAGAGCAGCGCUUCAUCGAGUUCCGAAAGUUAUGCUUCUUAG